AUGAUUCAAGAAAGCGGCGGGAACCAACGACUGUCGGUACUUAAUCAGCGGCCCUCGAUCUUGAGCGGGCCAGACCUUCUCCACGAGCUUGUACGUCCACUUGAUCACGAUGCAACUGCUAUCGAUUUCCUGGAAUAUGGAUCGAAAAGGCGGAAGUUCUCCUACAAGGACUUGCAUAGUCUGAGCGAUGCCCUGGCUGGCAGUAUCACAGAAAGACUGGCAAAGCUCGAAAGUGCCUCGCCUGUCAUUCCGGUCUUCCUACCACAGUCCCCAGAACUGUAUAUCGUUCUUUUGGCCAUCUUGAAGGCGGGAAAGGCAUUCUGUCCUCUUAAUCUCGAUACACCUACACAGCGGCUGAAGUUUAUCCUCGAUGAUAUUUCCGCCGACCUGCUCAUCACAUCUUCGAUUCUAGAUGAGCGGAUACGAGCAGCGAUCAAUAUCGAAGUAAUCUCGGUUGACAAAGAACUCUGCGACCGCGAGGACCAGCCUAUAAUCGAUUUGCGGCGACCAAACACCAAGGAUCUGGCCUAUGUACUAUACACCUCCGGCUCUACCGGGAAGCCAAAAGCUGUCAGCGUAACUCAUCAUGCAGUUACCCAGAGUCUAUUGGCUCACCACCGCCACAUUCCCGACUUCGCCCGUUUUCUUCAAUUCGCAGCCCCUGUAAGUGCACAUGCAGAAUAA